AUGUCGUCUAAUCAAAGCUCUAAUCCUCCAUCCAAUCCUCCUCAAGUCGAUUUAUUGUCAGAUUUAUUUGAUUCAAGCCAACCUGCCGCCCAGCCGCAAAAUACCAAUAUAUUAAGCAGUAUCGACGUAGAUCUGUUUCAAGUUCCUCACUUCCCCUGUUUAAGAGCAAGCAGUAUAUAUUUGAUUGCCAUUGGAAAUUUUAUAUCAUUUUUAAUUCGAUUUCACAAAAUCUAAUUGUAAAAAAAAUUAAUUAUUUUUUGUUUUUACAAUAUUAAAAAUGUCAGUUAGGGAUAGGCCCUAGCUCCUGCUCAAGCAGGAUGGACCUAUAUACCGAGCUCAGUGAGAGAAGUCAAUCUUCUUGAGAGCUUCGGCUUUGAAGAGAAGGGUCACUGCUGUGUCUGGCACUGACUAGAGAAGUCUUAGCGGGCUUAUUAACUUUAACGGUUCGACGGUUAGGCCGGUUCACCAACCGUUGUUCAGAGCUGUUAAUUUGGCUGAACCUCAACCAAGGGGACUUUAUAGCCAUUCAAAAUGCUAGAGUAAUUCAAUAAACUUAAACUUAAACUUAAACUUAAAUUAUUUUUUAGAAUGCAAGCUGCUUAAAAUUUAAUAGUAUUAGCUUCAAUCUUACUAUAAAAAUUGUUAUUUAGAUAUAAAAAUAUUUUUGUUUAAAAGAUUUUAUAUUAAAAAAAUUUCAUUCUAACCUAAAAGGAUUAAUUUUGCCUGAAAAUAAGCAUUUCCAAUAGUUUGCUCGCUUUUAAAUAGAGAAGACAGCAAUCAAGUUCAAAUCAAGCUAACAUAAACCUCUAUCAAGUUCCUCAACAAUCCAAUAUAAAUUAUUCUAAUAUAAGCCCGUUUCAAGCUCCUCAACAAUCCAAUAUAAACCAAACUAGCCUGCUCGAUGCAGAUCUGUUUGGAGUUCCCCAGCAAUCCAAUACAAAUCAAUCUAGCAUUAGCUCUAGUGACCCCUUUGCAGGCCUCCAACAGCCUAACUUUACCUACAGCACCUUUAACCAAACUUUACCAGACUUAAAUCUUACUGAAAGUUUCAACAUAGACCUAUCCUCCCAAGUUGAAAAUAUCCAAAUCAAUGAUGAUGCUUUUCAACAAAUUAGCUCACUGCAAAACCAGCAAUAUAAUUAUCCACCUCAAAUGCAAUAUUUGCCACAACAAAUGAUGUAUCAGCCAUCUCCAUACCUAUCGUAUAACUCAUCAUCCAACUUUUCGCUUUCACCAGCUCAAUACUCCGCAGCUCCUGAACCUCUUAUUAUGAACGACGAUGACGAAAUUCAAUUGAGAACAGUUGUAGAGGAGACCAAGACUCCUGAAGAAGCCAUCACAGUGUCAAUGAAUUUCCUUCUAAAUUAUUUAGAAUUAAAAAAUACUGAAGAAGAAAUCCCUUGUACUCUUUCUUUGAGAGGCUCAAGUGCACAAGUUGCUGAUAUUCAAAAAAACAGGCAAGGACUAGACUUGAUUUGUGUAGUUGAUGUAAGUGGAAGUAUGUCAGGGGUUAAGCUUGAAUUGGUAAAGAAAACUUUGAACUUUAUGCUGACUCUAUUAAAUGAUGGGGAUAGAGUUAGUAUUGUUGUGUUUUCGGAUAACGCUCAACGAAUAAUUAAAUUGACAGCAAUUAAUGAGGUAGGAAAAGUUGAAGUUGAAAGAGCGAUUAACAAUAUGAAUAUUAUUGGCAGUACAAAUAUUGUAUCAGGCCUUGAAAAAGGUUUAAAAGUUGCAAGUGAUAGAAGAAUUGUUUAAGUUUAAAAAAAAAAAUUCUUGCAAUCUUGUGCCUUCAAAAUCAUCGUUAGAGGUCCAGCUACAUUAACAGCUCUGAACAUUUGUAGGUGGGCUGGCCUAACUGCCAAACCGUCACAGUUAAUGAGCCCCUCCAGACUUCUCUAGUCAACCCGAGACUCAGCAUUGACCUCUUCUCUUCAAGCCAAGACCCUCAAGAAGUUUAACUUCUCUCACUGAGCUCGGGACAUAGGACUAUCCUGCGAGGCAGGUGCUAGACCUAUCCCUAACUUACAUUUUUAAUAUUGUGAAGAAUUGUCAAUCAAGUCACUUCAAUUUUAUUAUUAAGUGAUGGAUGUGAUGAUUCGGGCGAUACAGUUUUGUCUAGGGCUGCUGGAUGCUCUAAUGAGUUUAAGUCAUUAAUUAAAAGCUCAUACACAGUCCAUACUUUUGGGUAUGGAGCAGAUCACGAUGCCAAAGUUAUGCAGGAAAUCGCAAGAUCUAAUAGUGGAAAUUUUUAUUAUGUUGAAGAUCCAAAAGAUAUCCCAAUAGCAUUUGCUAAUUGCUUUGGUGAGCUGGCCUCUUUGGUAGCUGAUAAAAUUCAAGUCGCUUUGAUAACUCAGCCAUGCAGUAUCCCUUUCCAUCUGUCUAAAGUAUACUCACUUCCCCCUCCGCGAGUGAGCAAAAAAUUUUAUUCACUCACCGAGGAUUUAUUUUUUUUUGUUAAAAAAAAUUAUAUAUAAAUUUUAUAAAAAAAUUUUUUUUCGAAAUUUUAAAAAAAUCCUAAUUUGCAAAAAUUGGGAAAAAUAUUAAUUUUAAUUAUAAAAUUUAUGUUUUAAAAACCCAAUUUGUUUAAAAUUAAACAGAAUUAGCUCGAGAUUUCAUUAUACUAAUUAUCACUUAUAUAUCAAAAAAUUUUUUUCUUAAAAAAAUUUUUCUAUUAAAAAAUUGUGUUCACUCAUGGAGAGUGGUUUUUUGGGGCAAAAAAUAGGGAUUUUUUCCAAUGGUUUUGUUCACUAACGGAGGGUAGGGGAGUCAGAAAACGGUGAUAGCAAUUUUUCAAUGGCACAAGUACAUGCAGGUGACAAAAAAGACUCAGUUUUCUUAUUGAAAUUCCCACCUAUAACUGACAGGGUUCCAGAUAAUGAAAUUAUAAGGCCAGUCAAAGCAAGAAUUAGUUAUGAGACUAAUUUAGGAGAAAAUAAAAUAAUUGAAACAGAAUUAACUAUUUUGGUGGUCAAUGAAGGAAGAGAAGAAAUUGAAGUCAACGAAGAUGUUAUGGUCAAUUAUUAUAGGUGUUUGGGAGCAGAAAUUUUGAAAGAAGUUGCGAGUCUUGCAGAAAGCCAUAAAUACAAUGAGGCAAAAGAAGCUGCAAUCAAAGCAGCAAAUGAAUUUAAAGGAUGCAUUGUCAAUGAUCAUCCAAUUGUGAAAGCUUUAAUACGCGAUCUUGAAGAUGCUGCAAAUAGAGCGUCAUCAUAUUCUAGUUGGGAGCAAGGAGGGAGAGCUCAAGUGUUUUCAGUACAAAGCAGCCACUUUGCUCAAAAAGCUUCAAAUAAUGCGAUGAUGUAUCAGAAUGGAUGCCAAGCAGCCUAUUCAGAGAUGGCUAUGGAUUAUUUCAGCAAACCUUAA